GCGACCCGGAAGCGGCGCUGCCGUGGAGACGAUCCGGGAGCCGAGCGCCCGCCAUGGCCGAGACCGACCCCAAGACCGUGCAGGACCUGACGGCUGUGGUGCAGACAUUACUUCAGCAAAUGCAGGACAAAUUUCAAACCAUGUCUGACCAAAUAAUUGGAAGAAUUGAUGACAUGAGCUGUCGCAUAGAUGACCUGGAGAAGAACAUAGCAGACCUCAUGACACAAGCGGGAGUGGAAGAACUGGAAGGCGAGAACAAGACCCCUGCUACUAACAAGAGUUAAAGUUGCCAAUAACUUGAGAGGAAUCCUGAAAGACUUCUCUUUUUUUCUACAAAUCCUUGGAAUUACAGAACAGCUUUUUGCAACUACUGUGUGUAAAAGCAUUUUUAUAUUGUUACAGAGCUUGCAUUCUGAUGUAUGUUGUAUAGUUAGGGACAGGCUAGUUUAUAUUUUGAUUUGUGUACUGUAAUUUGACUUUUUGAAUUCUUGUUAUGAGGAUCAAUUAGUUGUGUUAUUAAAACACAGAUCUUACAGAUCUCAAGCCCUGGGUGUAUUUGUGAAGUCACUUUUUCCUAUACUUUUUCUAGAUGUUUCAUGUUUGAUAUCCAGACAUCCAGUGACUCCUGUCCUGUGAAAACCAUAACUUGUCCUACGUGACUUUAUGGAGUGAAGCACAAGAUUGAAGCUCUGCAUUCAUCUUAGCUCUGAGCAUCAGUCACUCAGCUAGUUGAGGACUUUAUGUUGUUUCCUCAUAGGUGUAAUAAGGUGAUUUUUGGAAGCAUGAGACACUGAACAUCACAACUGUAGUCCCACUCCUGGUAUUACCAUACCUCUGUGUUCCUAGAACAUAAACCAGAGAUUUAAUAUCAGAGAGAUCUGUAAUACAGAAUCACAGAAUCUUAAGGGCUGGAAGGGACCUCAGAAGCUCAUCCUGUGCAACCCCUGCCAGAGCAGCACCACCUAGAGCAGGUCACAUGGGAACUCAUCCAGGUGGGUUUGAAUGUCCCCAGAGAAGGAGACCCCACGGCCCAUCUGGGCAGCCCCUUGUAGUGCUCUCUCACACUGAAGAAGUUUCUCCUUAUGUUUCUUUGGAACCUCUUCUGUUCCAGCUUGUACCCUUUGCCCCUUGUCCUAUCGCUGGACAUCACUGAGAAGAACCUGAGCAACCACUGCCAUUGAAAUCUGUUCUGUUUAGACAGACAAGGAACUUACUGACUAUGAAAAAUCUCUCUCUGGGAUUUAAAGUUGUUUAACACUGUAAAACUGCUUCAAAACAGUGUGUCAUUUGAACAAUGAUUUUGAACAAUAAUUAUGAUUAAAAGGGAGAUAGUGGACAGAAUAGGGAUGGGGUCAUGGAAGUGUCUGUGGUCUGUCAGUUUAAAUCAUUGGCUUGUACAAAGCAAUGGUACACUGAGUAACAAAAAGGGAUAGAAUCCAGUCAGAGCUUUAACGCCUCGCUUCUCUUUGAGUAACAACUAGCUGGACCUGUUCAAAAUACUUGUGUUAGAAAGCUUUAGCUAUCUCCAUUGAUGGACCUGGAGUUCCUGGUUACAUUAUUUCAGCAAUGAAAGGUAUUUGAAGAGUGCCCUACAUCACUUGUAAAGAAACAGGAGCAGCGCUGGAUCCUGCUGACAAUCACUGCAACGCUUCUCCAGCGUGGAGUGCAUGGGUGGGAAAGCACUAGUGGCAGUUGGCAGCUCUGUGGACCACCCCUCCAACUGCUCCUUGAAGACCACCAUGUUGGCACCUCUGGGUCAUGAAGCCAGUAUGAUGAGCUGUUCUUCAAAACUGAGGGGAAAUUGUAACAAGAGCUCACAAUAAUAGCUGGGGGAAGGGGGGGUUUUGUGAAGAUAAGAAAUGUAUCAAUAUCCCUUGUAAUACCAGCAUUGGGCUCUUUGUAAUGUCAUUUAAGGAAAUCAAAUAAACUAUUGUGUGGUAACAAA